AGACUAUCUAUAGUUAUAUAUAAAAAUGGUAUUUGAAGCAAGAAUAGAUUUACCUACAAUUGAAUUAAAUAGUAAAUUAUCAUUGGCAGAAUUUAUAAUUGAAAAAUGUAGAGAACAUGGUGAUAAUAUUGCCAUGAUUGAUGGUACUUCACCUGAUCCAAAUUUACCUAAUUGUACAUUAACAUAUAAUCAAAUGGCUGAUAACAUGUUAACUAUUGGUAAUAAUUUAAUAGAUCAAUUUAAUAUUAAAAAAGGAAAUGUUAUUGCUAUGAUUUUACCAAAUAUACCUUUAUUUCCAUGUAUAUUUCAUGGUAUUGGUUAUACUGGUGGUAUUAUUACAACAUUAAAUCCAUUAUAUAGUGUUGAAGAAAUUAAUAAUCAAUUAAAAGAUUCUAAUGCUUGUAUGAUGUUUACAUUACAAACAUUUUUAGAAAAAACAAUUUUAGCCUGUAAAGGAACUAAUGUUAAAAAUAUAUUUGUAUUAAAUUAUCAACCAUCUGAUCAAUUUAAUAAUUUAUUAAAUGAAAAUGAUUUAAUUAAAUUAAUUGAUGCUAAAAUUUUAUUAGCAAAACAAAAUGUUGAAAUGAGAAAAAUUGAUAUUAAUCCAUUAGAAGAUUUAAUUGCUUUACCUUAUUCAUCUGGUACAACUGGAUUAUCUAAAGGAGUUUGUUUAACACAUUAUAAUUUAAUUAGUAAUGUACUUCAAAUUGGAGCUAAAUAUGAAAAAUUAACUAAAAAUGAUGUAAUUGUAGCAUUAUUACCAUUUUUCCAUAUAUAUGGAAUGACAGUUUUAUGUAAUUUAGCUUUAUAUGAAGGUAGUAAGGCAAUUACAAUGGCUAGAUUUGAUUUGGAAACAUUUUUAAAAAUAGUUCAAAAUUAUCAAGUGACUAGAACACAUUUAGCACCUCCAAUUAUUUUAGCAUUAGCAAAACAUCCAAUUAUAGAUAAAUAUAAUUUAACAUCUAUGAAAUAUUGUUUAAGUGGUGCUGCUCCUUUAUCUUCUGAUGUUUCACAAUUACUUUCUAAUAGAUUAGGUGUUAUUGUUAAACAAGGUUAUGGUAUGACUGAAAGUUCACCUGUUGUAUCAGUAUGUGGAGAUACAAGUGAUUUAAUUAAAGAUGGAUCAUCUGGAUUAUUAGUUAAUAAUACCAAAUUAAAAAUUAUUGAUACAGAAACAGGUAAUGAAAUUACUGAAUAUGGACAAGUUGGUGAAUUAUGUUUUUCAGGACCACAAAUAAUGAAAGGUUAUUUAAAUAAUGAACAAGCAACUAAAUCAACUUUAAUUGAUGGUUAUUUACAUACUGGUGAUUUGGGUUAUAUUGAUCAAGAUGGUUUCAUUUUCAUUGUUGAUCGUUUGAAAGAAUUAAUCAAAUAUAAGGGUAUUCAAGUACCACCAUGUCAAUUGGAAGGUAUAUUAUGUAAACAUCCAAAGAUUCUUGAUUCAGCAGUUAUUGGAGUACCAGAUGAAGAAGCAGGUGAAUUACCAAAAGCCUUUGUUGUUCUUCGUCCAAAUGAAAUCAUGACAGAAGAGGAAGUUAUGGAAUUUGUUUCCCAAUUUGUAACUCCACAAAAGAAGAUUAGAUUGGUUGAAUUUAUUCAGGAAAUUCCAAAAUCAACUGCUGGUAAAAUAUUAAGAAGAAUUUUAAAACAAAGAGAAUUGGAAAAAUUAAAGAAUAUUCAAUAAUAAAUUAAAUAAUAUUUUAUACU